AUGAUCCUCAACUGGAAGCUCCUGGGGAUCCUGGUCCUUUGCCUGCACACCAGAGGCAUCUCAGGCAGCGAGGACCACCCCUCUCACCCACCCGCAGAGGACCGAGAGGAGGCAGGCUCCCCAACAUUGCCUCAGGGCCCCCCAGUCCCCGGUGACCCUUGGCCAGGGGCACCCCCUCUCUUUGAAGAUCCUCCGCCUCCCCACCCCAGUCCUCCCUGGAGAGACCUGCCUGAAACUGGAGUCUGGCCCCCUGAACCGCCUAGAACGGAUCCUCCUCAACCUCCCCGGCCUGAUGACCCUUGGCCGGCAGGACCCCAGCCCCCAGAAAACCCCUGGCCUCCUGCCCCUGAGGUGGACCACCGACCUCAGGAGGAGCCAGACCUAGACCCACCCCGGGAAGAGUACAGAUAA